UAUAAUAGGGUUUGGAUCCCUGAUAAUGAAGAAGUGUGGCAGUCUGCAGAAAUCACAAAAAACUACAAAGCUGGAGACCAUUUUCUCCAUGUGCAAUUAGAAGAUGGAACUGAACUGAAUUACCCUGUUGAUCCAGCUGCUUUGCCACCCCUACGAAAUCCUGACAUCCUUGUUGGUGAAAAUGAUCUCACUGCACUUAGCUAUCUCCAUGAACCAGCUGUUCUACACAAUCUUAAAGUUCGUUUUGUGGAGUCUAAGCUUAUCUACACCUAUAGUGGAAUAAUUUUGGUUGCGAUAAACCCCUAUAAACAGUUGCCAAUAUAUGGAGAUGCUAUUAUCCAUGCAUAUAGUGGGCAAAACAUGGGGGACAUGGAUCCACAUAUAUUUGCUGUGGCAGAAGAAGCGUACAAGCAAAUGGCAAGAAAUAACAAAAAUCAGUCUAUUAUAGUCAGUGGAGAAUCGGGAGCUGGAAAGACUGUGUCUGCAAGAUACACGAUGAGAUACUUUGCCACUGUGAGUAAGUCAAGCAGCAAUGCACAUGUGGAGGAUAAAGUACUGGCAUCUAAUCCAAUAACUGAGGCUGUUGGCAAUGCAAAAACCACGCGGAAUGAUAAUAGCAGUCGAUUUGGAAAAUACACUGAAAUCAGUUUUGAUCAGAGUUACCAAAUCAUUGGAGCUAACAUGAGAACAUACCUGCUCGAGAAAUCCAGAGUUGUCUUUCAGUCAGAGAAUGAGAGAAACUACCAUAUAUUUUAUCAGUUGUGUGCAUCUGCUAUGCAACCUGAAUUUAAGCAUCUUAAAUUGGGAAGUGCAGAAGAAUUUAACUACACAAGAAUGGGUGGCAGCACAGUAAUAGAAGGAGUUGAUGACAGAGCAAAUAUGCUGGAGACUCAGAAGACAUUUGCCUUACUGGGUCUGAAAGUGGAUUUUCAGAUGGAUGUUUUUAAAAUGCUGGCAGCAAUCCUACACUUAGGCAAUGUGGAAGUAACAGCUGUUGGAGAUGAGAGAGCAUCCAUCAGUCUGGAAGAUAAACAUCUCAAUAUAUUCUGUGAACUUCUGGAUUUAAACUGUAACAAAAUGGCACAGUGGUUGUGUCACCGAAAGAUUAUCACUACCUCAGAGACUGUAAUAAAGCCAAUGACAAGAGCUCAGGCCGUUAAUGCACGGGAUGCUCUGGCAAAGAAGAUCUAUUCUCAUUUAUUUGAUUUUGUCGUGGAAAGAAUUAACCAAGCUUUGCAGUACCCUGGAAAACAACAUACUUUUAUUGGUGUUUUGGACAUUUAUGGCUUUGAAACUUUUGAUGUGAACAGUUUUGAACAAUUUUGCAUCAAUUAUGCUAAUGAAAAACUGCAGCAGCAAUUUAACCUGCAUGUCUUUAAACUUGAACAAGAAGAAUAUAUGAAGGAAGAUAUCCCAUGGACUUUAAUAGACUUCUAUGACAACCAGCCUGUCAUUGACCUUAUUGAAGCUAAAAUGGGAAUUUUAGAACUUCUGGAUGAAGAGUGCUUGUUACCUCAUGGAACAGAUGAAAACUGGCUUCAAAAGCUAUAUAAUAAUUUUGUCAAUAAAAAUGCACUCUUUGAAAAGCCAAGGAUGUCAAACACAUCUUUCAUCGUGCAACACUUUGCUGAUAAGGUAGAAUAUAAAUGUGAAGGAUUUCUGGAAAAAAACAGAGAUACAGUACAUGAAGUAUUGAUUGAAAUCUUGAAAGAGAGCAAGUUUCAUCUGUGUGCAAAUUUUUUUCAAGACAAUCCAGUGUCCGUUUCACCUUUCAGUUCAACUAUAAGCAUCAAAUCUGCAAGACCCGUUCUCAAGUCACCUAACAAACAACUCCGGAUGACUGUUGGCAAUAAGUUCCGGAGUUCUUUGUCUUUGCUUAUGGUGACACUGAAUGCAACCACCCCUCAUUAUGUACGCUGCAUAAAGCCAAAUGAUGAGAAGUUGCCUUUUGAGUUUGAUUCAAAAAGAGUGGCUCAGCAACUGCGAGCGUGUGGUGUUUUGGAAACUAUUCGGAUUAGUGCACAGAGCUACCCAUCCAGGUGGACUUACAUUGAGUUUUUCAGCCGUUACAGCAUUCUUAUGACACAGCAGGAACUUUCCAUAAAUGAUAAAAAGCAGAUUUGCAAGACUGUUUUGCAGCGACUAAUCCAGGAUCAUAACCAAUAUCAGUUUGGGAGAACAAAAAUUUUCUUCAGAGCAGGACAGGUUGCUUACUUAGAAAAACUGCGAUCAGAUAAACUGAGACACGCGUGCAUCACGAUCCAAAAGAGUGUUCGAGGUUGGCUGCAGCGGAAGAAAUUCCUUCGCAUAAAACAAGCAGCUACUAUAAUUCAGCAGUAUUUCCGGGGGCAGCGGACUGUACGGCAAGCUAUAACUGCAAGAACUCUGAAGGAAACAUGGGCAGCUAUAAUUAUUCAGAAGUACUGUCGGGGUUACCUGGUCCGUAGACUUUUCCAGCUCAUCCAUGUCGCUACUAUAACCAUUCAAGCUUAUACAAGAGGAUUUCUAGCAAGAAAAAAAUAUCGGAAGAUGCUUGAAGAACAUAAGGCUGUGAUCCUUCAGAAAUAUGCCCGUGCAUGGCUUGCCAGGCGCAGAUUUCAGAAUAUUCGGCGGUUUGUAUUGAAUAUCCAGCUUUCGUACAGAGUUCAGCAACUGCAGAAAAAGAUAGAAGAACAGGUGAGGGACACCA